CCAGUUGGAUUACUGAGGCUGAAUGGAGAGAUAGCUCUGAAUUAAAUUAUUUCACUUUCCUGUGUGGAUAAGUAUCUCAUUUUCAUGAAGUCCUUUAUCUGAAUCCUCAACUGAGUCCAAUGACUUAAGACUCUUGACCUGCUGAAUCAGCUGCUUCCAGAUGCCCUUUGACACAUGAAUACAAUUUUUUGACUUGCUAUUGGCCUGGUCGUUCAUGGAAAACAAAAAUCCCAGGUAACAGUAGUCGAGGAUGCCAUUCCCCUGGCGAAUAUGCUGCAAUAAAAAACCCAAAACUAAAAACGGAAAUGCUGAAAUGGACAACAUGGCAGACACAAGUGAAAAAAUGCAGAUGAAAAAAGAAAUCACGUUACAAAAUGGAGUUUCUUUAAUUGUAGGGAACAUGAUUGGCUCUGGGAUAUUUGUAUCACCCAGAGGUGUUUUAAUGUACAGUGCCUCCUAUGGACUCUCACUAGUCAUCUGGGCACUUGGUGGGAUAUUUUCACUGUUUGGAGCUUUGUGUUACGCUGAAUUGGGAACAUCCAUUGUUAAAUCUGGAGCCAGUUAUGCCUAUAUCCUGGAAGCUUUUGGUUCCUUUGUAGCCUUCAUCGAACUGUGGUCUUCCUUGCUAAUUAUCGAACCAACUACCCAGGCAGUGAUAGCAAUCACCUUUGCUAACUAUAUUGUUCAACCAAUUUUUCCUCAAUGUGAGCCGCCGUACGAUGCAGUCAGGUUGAUUGCAGCUGCUUGUAUUUGUUCCUUAACUUUUAUUAAUUGUGUUAAUGUGAAGUGGGGAACCCGUGUCCAAGAUAUUUUCACAUGUGCAAAAGUUAUGGCUCUCAUCUUGGUGAUAUCUGUUGGCCUCUACAAAAUUGGUAAAGGAGAAACAGAAAACCUGAGCGGUCUGUUUAAGGGCUCAGCAACAAAUCCAGGGAUGAUCGCGCUGGCUCUCUACUCUGCCCUCUACUCAUACGCGGGAUGGGACACACUCAACUACGUCACUGAGGAAAUGCAGAACCCUGAGAGGAAUCUACCUCUUUCUAUUGCAAUUUCAAUGCCUACUGUGACUGUUAUUUACUUGCUGACUAACAUAGCGUACUACGUAGUGUUGGACAUGUCAGCUCUCCUCACGAGCGAUGCAGUGGCCGUGACGUUUGGCGGUGAAACCCUCAGUUAUGUGAAGUGGAUAAUUCCUAUAGCAGUGGCCAUGUCUUGCUAUAGUGGCUUAAACUCAUCAAUAAUUGCAGCAUCUAGGCUUUUUUAUGUUGGGGCCAGGGAAGGACACCUCCCGGACAGUCUGAGCUUGAUUCAUGUGAAGCGCCUCACACCAGUCCCUGCUCUCCUCUUCAAUGGCUUAAUGACUUUGCUUUAUCUCCUUGUGGAAGAUGUUUUCCUCCUCAUUAAUUACUACUGCUUCAACUACUGGCUCUUUGUGGGUCUCUCCAUUACAGGACUGAUAUAUUUGAGAUAUACUCAGCCGCAUAGACCACGGCCUAUUAAACUUAACCUCUUCUUCCCUAUAGUAUACUGUAUAUGUUCCCUUCUGCUGGUCAUAGUUCCUCUCUACAGUGACACAAUCAACUCCCUGAUUGGCAUCGGUAUUGCCCUCUCAGGCAUUCCUGCAUAUUAUUUGGGAGUCCAUCUGCCAGCUGAAAAACGACCUAAAUGUCUACAGUGGCUCUCUGUUACAACAACAAAAUACGUUCAGAUGCUCUUCUACUGUGCUCUGUCGGAUCUGGACAUAGACGUGGAACCUACAGCAGCUAAGACAGAACAACCUGCGUGGAGCGCUAUAACUCUUCUCUCUGGUGACCAAUGACAGGACCCGAGGGAAUGGCAGGAAGAUGUGCUUGGGGAGGUUUAGGUUGGAUAUUAGGAAAAGGUGCCUCACCCAGAGGGCGGUGGGGCACUGGAACAGGCUCCCCAGGGAGGCAGUCACAGCAUCAAGCCUGAAGCAUUUGGACAACGCCCUCAGAGAUACGGUAUAAAUUUGGGGUUGUCCUGUGCAGGGGCAGGAGUUGGACUCAGUGGUCCUUGCAGGUCCGUUCCAACUCAGGACGUUCUUUGAUUCUAUGAAUUAACCCCAAGUUAAUCUUACACAAGUCCCUGUAGCUUCUAGCAUCACUGCCUUUUAUUGAUGUCUGCCCAGAGAAAGAGCAAUGGUGUAGGGAAGAAGGCAACCGUCGCUACUUAGACCUCUCUUCGUUCCCUCCCCUCAUUGUAAGGUCAUUUGCAGGAGGGUACUUUUGUGCAUCUCCAACACAGUGCUCGCUGGCAGGGCUCCUGUGAAACCUUCUGUUUGCAUUUCAAUUGCGUCUGCCGUGGCAGUUUUCUUUCAGUGGGGUUUUCUUCGGACACAAAACAGGAACAAUAAAAAUGCACUAAAUUAAGGUAAAAACAAAGAUAUUAGAGGUGCUUCUUCCGCUUUUUGGAGCCACCGUUUUUGAGCACUAAAAUCUCUCAAUUAUCACAAUCAGAAGACACGGAGCGGAAAGAAGACCUAGGGUGUAGUUUAGGUUGCCCAGCCCAGAACAUCCCCAUGUGCUCUUCACACAAACAACACACGCCUCUGUUACGGUAUAGCACCAUUUUGAUCCUGCUUUUGUAACGACUGUAUGUGCAAAUACUGCAUUUUCGCACCAUCUCUUCCAAAGCUUUGGUUAACAACGGAGCCGCGGUCCCAGACCGUAUCAGGGCACAGAGGGAGUACAAACCCAGAAAUCAGCACCAAGCUAAACGUGACAGUCGUUCUCUCCAAGAGUUCAAAGUCAGGCUUGGUGCUGAGCUAGGUGUCACAGCAAGGCGCUGUACCAUCCUCUGAAGUUUCUCCUUGCAGGACCAGAGUUCCUAAGGGAUUUGAGACACCUGAGGUGACAUCUCGGGUGCUAACAGGUAGCAGGCACUGCAGGUAAUGUAAUAAGGCUCUGGACUAAGACCAUUUCCACAGAGAAUUCUGAGCUGAGAAACUCCUUUCUCUGUCUGCUCUUUGCCAAAAUCUGUUUUUACAUGAAUGCAUUAACUUUCUGGGCAUGAGGCACAAGCCUUUGUUUUCCUUCUUUCUGGACAGAAGGAAAGUAGCAGUCAGAUGCGAGGUUAUAAAUGUGACUGAUGUUACUCAAAUUCUCUGCGGGCAUCAGAAUCUCAGAAAUUUUAAUGUGUUUGUUGAUUUUUCACUCCUUACAAUUAAGACGUGUAAGUUAUUGACAAACAUCUGAAGCAAGUCGUAGAUGCUGAAGCAUUUCAAUAAAUAAACAUAUGAUCCUUGGCAAA